AUGUCGUCGAUAACGCCGUUCCACGCGACCGAUCUGUUCAAAACCAACCCAGUCAACCUCGACGUACUGACCGAAAACUACACAAUCUCCUUCUACCUGCAGUACCUCGCGGAAUGGCCGUCUCUUUUCUUCCAGGCUCUCGAUAAAUCUGGAGAGUGUGCCGGAUACAUGAUGGGCAAGGCCGAGGGCAAGCGAAUGGAGUGGCACAGUCACAUCACGGCCGUCACGGUUGCGUAUACACAAAGACGGGCUGGUUUGGCCAAGUUUCUGUGCACUGAACUGGAGCGCCGAACCGCAGCUCCAGAACCGUACCAUUGCUACUUUGUCGAUCUGUUUGUGCGCACAACCAACCAGAUGGCCAUCGACAUGUACGAGGGCUUUGACUACUCGGUCUACAGACGAGUGGAGGGCUACUAUGGAGACCGAGAAGAUGCCUACGAUAUGAGAAAGGCGCUAGAACGAGACGUCAACAGAGAGACUGUCAGAGACGACGGAAGAGAUCACAAGGUGAAGCCAUGGGAGGUUGUCUUUUGA